ACAUGGGGACAUCGAACACUCUGCGCACCCAACUCCCUGAUCUACCACUCUACCUCCGUGAACUCCAUCGUCUUGAGCUCCACAACAACAUCCUGUACCGCCGCCGCCAAGUGGGAUUCCAGAGGGCGUACCAGCUUGUCCUCCCAGCUGAGUUCCGAAGUCCAGUGCUCACCAGUCUGCACGACGACAUGGGCCACAUGGGAGUCGACCGAACCCUAGACCUCGUGAGGACCCGCUUCUACUGGCCGAAGAUGGCAUCAGAUGUGGAAGAGAAGGUGAAGAAGUGUGGCAGGUGUGUGAGGAGGAAGGCGCGACCAGAAAAGGCUGCACCAUUAGUGAACAUUCAAGUCACCAGACCCCUGGAGUUAGUUUGCAUGGACUUCCUCUCCAUCGAACCGGACCAGAGUAACACCAAGGACGUGCUGGUUAUCACCGACUUCUUUACCAAGUAUGCAGUGGCCAUCCCAACACGAAACCAGACAGCCAAGACUGUAGCAAAGUGCCUCUGGGAGAGUUUCAUUAUUCAUUAUGGCUUCCCCGAAAAAUUGCACAGUGAUCAAGGCCCCGACUUUGAGUCCAACACCAUAAAAGAGCUUUGUCGGGUGGCCGGUAUCCGCAAAACUAGAACAACUCCAUACCACCCUAGAGGUAACCCAGUAGAACGGUUCAACCGCACCCUGCUCAACAUGCUUGGGACUCUAGAGGAUAAAGACAAGUACCGUUGGAGCGACCAUGUAAGACCCUUGGUCCAUGCUUAUAACUGCACCCGGAACGAGGUCACAGGUUUCACCCCGUACGAGCUCAUGUUCGGGCGCCAACCCCGGUUACCUGUUGACCUUGCUUUCAAGCUGCCAGUGCCAGAGGGCCAACACUCCUCUCAUUCAGAGUAUGUCAAAACCCUCAAGUCCCGUCUGAAAGAGAGCUAUGAAGUUGCAAAGGAAAAGUCAGCAAAGAUAGCACUAAAGAACAAGACAAGAUAUGACCGGCAUGUCACCGCCUCAGAUCUAGAGCCUGGAGAUAGGGUACUGGUCAGAAACGUCCGCAUAAGAGGAAAGCACAAGAUUGCUGACAAAUGGGAAUCCACUGUCCAUGUUGUCGUUAAAAGAGCAGGCACUCUCCCAGUAUACACCAUUAAACCUGAAACUGAAGAUGGUCCCCAGAGGACACUGCAUAGAGACCUGCUGCUUCCGUGCGGAUACCUACCUGUCGAAGAGGACACUCAGCCUGUGCAGAAGUCGGUGCCGCGCAGACCAAGAACACGUGCCAACCCUGUAGCAGAGGCAGAGAGCUCCUCGGAUGACGACGACUACUCGCUCAUCCCUGUCUGGUUGAGUUCCCCUGUCCCUGAGAUCACAGAGAGUCCAGUGCACCCAGAUCUUCCCAUGGCCAAUGUCCAAGAGCCCCAAGACCCUUGUCCUGUAAAUCAUAACUUACCUGAACUUGACACCCAAUCUAAGUUACCUGAUCUGAACUUACCUGACAUGUCCGAAAGUAUUCCAGAUAGUCCUUUGAUGAUCGAGUCUACCUCUCACCAGAGUGAUCCUGAACACUUACGUACCGAUACAGACAUACUCACUGAUAAAGACCUACCCACCGAUAACGACAACCCCACAGAUAGAGACAUUCCAAUAGAACAAGAACAUGAGGAGAAUGAAAGUCUACAAGUAGUGGAACCUGAGGAACAACAUGAUGAAACGACUGAAACCACAAGUAUUCACGAAAACACAAACCCUGAUGAACCCCUCAGGAGAUCUGAGCGCAAUCGUCAACCCCCACAACGGCUUGACUAUGCCGAAUUAGGAAAUCCUUUGGCCAAGGCAAUGAGAUCCUUCUUUCAAGGCUUGUCCACAGCUUGGUCCGAAGUGAUUAAUGAAGUACCUGUACAAUCCACUACCCCAUCCCCAGUAAUUGCUGUGUAGAUGUCCGCCUUGCACAGGGACGUGCAAAGGUUCAGGAGGGGAGGAUGAAACCCGGAGUUCAAAAGACAUGAACACACACACCCACACACACACACACACACACACACACACACACACACACACACACACGUACACAGUGUAAACAACACAGUUCACGACCUACACACCAUCCACUCGCAUCCACUACAUACUAUGCAAGAUACACGAAACAGAGUGACCCCUGUUCUAUCAGUAUUCCCCAUGAAAUAUGACAACAGCUACACAUACACGCAAGAAUUACUGCAGCCAAUCAGAUGUCACGCAAGCCCUAAGAACGCGAGCCGAUGAAUGUAACCGAGCCGCAAGGAUUGUUUCAGUCUCUUUGACAACCAUCAUCUGAGCCAGCCACUUGCUGUAUGAAACGUUACCAUCAUCGUUAUAACCGUUAACUACAUCAACAUCUUUGAGCAUCACCGGACAGUAAGAACAUCAACAAGAGCCACAUGUUAGCUGACAGCCACGUCGGUAAGACAACUCUUUUAUGGGACAAACGAAAACACUUGAUAUUUACCGCCAUCUCCGUGACUGAUGCACUGAUUCUGCUAACAGGCUAACCCCUCGAGAACCACCAGAGGCAACCACUUUUCACCUUCGUCAUAGUGUGCUCACCAUCGUAUCAUCACACAUCACCAUCUUCAGGAGCGACGGCUAACCCCCGAGAACUGCCAGGCAUCACGAUUCACCGCUGUGUCUGUCACUGUACUCACCGGAUUCAUCCCCUUGAGCACAUCAUUAGGAGCAACGGUGAGGAAUAACAUCUGUUUAGCCGCUUAGUGCCCUUGUCCCAUCUCCUGCACUAUAUCAAUGGUUAGCCACAGAAAUGUUAGCAAAUGCCGACAAGAAUAACGGUUGUCCCGAACGUUCCCAAUGCACUGACCAGGCUAAUGUUGUAAGCGUCACUGGUGAAAAAGAAUAUGUUUACGAUCUUCACGAUCUUUACAGAUACUGAUUACUGAUUACUGAUAACUGAUAUUACUGAUACUGACUACUGAUACUGAUAACCAUUAGUAGCCAUUACUAAUUAUUGAUAUUUAUAACCAUCAGUAGCCCAUUACUGAUACUGAUGCUGAUUACCAUCAGUAGCCUUACACUAGAUACACUAGCCUUACAGUAGCUACUAUUAAUUACAUACACUAGUUAUUAUUACUGAUGGGUUCUACACAAAGAGAAGUUUAUUACUAUUUAUUUAAUAGUGAUUUAACUAAGAUAAGAGGAUAAUUUCAUUGUUGUUAUGACUGUAAUGUUUCAUUGCACUAUGCAAUUUAUUGAAGCCUUUCACAGUAUUUAAUUUAAAGUAAAUAGAGGGUAAUUUUUAGUGCAGUUUCUUCUUACAUGAAUAGGCCUAUUAGUGUAAGAGGAUAUUAAGCACGUCUCUGACAGUGAUCCCUUCUAAGCUUUAGAUUCUAAUGUGUAUUUUAUGUUUUAUGUUGUAUGUAUUUAUUGUUGAGACAUUUUGAAUGUAGUUUUAUUGGACCCUUUGCUACCUGCGUUUUGGUAGAAAGGCGUAGCACAUGAACGUCUUGUUUUCAUGCACUUGAAUUUAAUGAUUAGAGGAGAUUUAAGAAGAUAUGUGAAUUGUCAUCCCAGUAUGACAAUUAGAUAAUUUAGAUAAUAUGAUGCAUCUUAGAUUUAUUGUACAUUGUACUAAUUGAAAUGUAUGUAUGGAUGAAUGUGACCUAUCAGGUCAGGUUUUUUGGACGGAUAGGAUCGAAAAGAAGACAACUGGGCCAGGACUUCACCUGGUCAAAGGACACUGAUGGCGAGCCUUUCCCAGAGCGACCACAGAUACCAUUAAGUACCCCACCAAGGAACUCCCCCCCCCCCUUUUUCCACUUUUUUACCAUUUUUAUUUUGUUUAAGUCCCGGGGACCAUUAUUGAUUUUAAGUGUGCACACUGUUUUAUUUUAUUUGGGUUUUUAUACACUUCUGAAAAUUUUGUAAACAAUAUACGAGUUUUUCACUCAAAAAGGAUUUAUCUUGUCUGACUCAUUAUUGUUGCACAACACUCGCUCCUCUCUCUUACUUAGAUCUUCUGAUCCAGGUCCUAGUGUUAUUG